AUGGCCGCGGCCACCGAUGGCGGAUCGUCUGAGUGUGGUGGUGGAGACCAGGCGCAGCACAUYGAUGACGCCGCGUCCGACGACAACGGCCAGGACCUAUCUGGCUACGACUUUGGCGCCGACGGGUUUUCCGCAUCCACAACUUCCAGCCAACACCACCAGCACCAUUUCAUCAAUCAGCACCACUUCAACAGCGCUGGCGCCAGUGCCGGCAACAACCACCAGCAACACCUGCAGUACCAUCAGCAGCAGCAGCACCCGCAGCAGCAGCAACACCACCAUCAGCACCAGCAGUACCAGCACCAGCCGUACCAGCAACAGCCGCACCAGCAGCAGCAGCAACACCACCACCUGAUGAGCGCGGGCGGCGGUGGUGCGUCCGUCACCAAUCCGCCGGCCGCGAGUGGUCUGCGGGGUGGCGGUGGUGGUCUGAGGAGCGGUGCCGGUGGUGGAGGUUCCAGCGGCGGUGGUGGCGUAGACUGGAUGCGGAAGUUGUCGUUCCGGUACCGGCGAGUCAAAGAGUUGUACAAUCAGUACCGGAACUCGGUCGGGGGUAAUUAUUAUACCGGUUACCUGCCCAACUGUGUCAAUGUUCUGGUCACCACCACACACCUGAUACCGGCGUUGGCCAAGCUGCUCCUGUACGGGCUCGGGCCACACUUUGCUGUAGAAAACGUAUACUCCGCCUCAGGUGGCGGUGGUGGACCGUCGGCGGGUGGUGGUAAGUCCGGUGGAGGUGGAACUGCGGGGUCUGCGGCAUCAGCCGGAUCGUCSAAGGAAUCGUGUUUCGAUCGGGUGGUGCAGAGGUACGGCCGAAAGUGCACAUACGUGGUAAUCGGCGACGGAGCCGAAGAGGAACGGGCGGCCCGACAGAUGAACUUUCCAUUUUGGCGGGUGUCCGGCCACAGUGACCUCCGGGCCCUGUACAACGCUCUCGACAUGGGAUUCCUCUAAGCCGACGAACCUGAAUCAAUAGCAUCAGCAGUGGCAACAGCAUUGUCAGUGUCAGUGAUAUCGUCUUCUCAGUCUCCGCAGUGUAUAAUAUAAUGAUAAUUUGUGUGUGAUUCGAUACAUUGACCACACUAYAAUAAGCGUAAUUUUUAUAUACAGUUUUAUAGUAGUUUAUUGAAUAAUAUUGUCGUGUGUACAUAAUAAUAUAAUAUAAUAUAA